AUGUUGGCUGCCGUGGAACAUGGUCCCAUCCUCUGCAGCGACUCCAACAUCCUCUGCCUGUCGUGGAAAGGCCGGGUCCCCAAGAGCGAGAAGGACAAGCCGGUGUGCCGCCGACGGUACUAUGAGGAGGGUUGGCUCGCCACGGGGAACGGGAGAGGAGUCGUUGGGGUGACGUUCACAUCGAGUCACUGCAGGAGGGACAGGAGUACGCCUCAGAGAAUCAAUUUUAACUUGCGGGGACACAACAGCGAGGUUGUGUUGGUGCGUUGGAAUGAGCCCUUCCAGAAGCUGGCCACCUGCGAUAUGGAGGGAGGCAUUUUUGUGUGGAUCCAGUAUGAAGGAAGAUGGUCUGUGGAGCUAGUGAACGACAGAGGAGCCCAGGUGAGCGAUUUCACUUGGUCACAUGAUGGCACUCAAGCCCUCAUCGCGUACAGGGACGGCUUCGUGUUGGUCGGCUCGGUCAGCGGGCAAAGACACUGGUCCUCUGAGAUUAACCUGGAGAGUCAAAUCACCUGCGGCAUCUGGACACCUGAUGAUCAGCAGGUCUUGUUUGGCACGGCAGAUGGUCAGGUGAUCGUGAUGGACUGUCACGGACGGAUGCUCGCCCAUGUGCUGCUGCACGAGUCUGAUGGGAUCGUGAGCAUGUCCUGGAACUGCCCCGAUUUCCUGGUCGAGGACAGCACAGAGAGCGACACCGACUCCGAUGACAAUAUUCUGCCUUUAGGUACAAUCCCAGUUCUGCGGAGAGUCAAACCUUUGCUGACCGUCACCUUCUUAUCGGGAGAUAUCAGUUUGAUGAACAACUACGAUGACCUCUCUCCUGCCAUAAUUCGCUCAGGGCUGAAAGAUGUUGAGGCCCAGUGGUGCUCCCAGGGAGACCUCCUGGCAGUGGCCGGUAUGGAGAGACAUGGACUUCCUGCUGAGUCUGCCUGUGCAUCCAUCAUGAGGAACGCCCUCGUUAAGUUCUACAACGUCCAAGGAGAGCACAUCUAUACUUUGGAAACUCCGGCACAGAGGCCCAUCACCACCAUCUGUUGGGGUCACAGAGACUCUCGCCUCUUCCUCGCUUGUGGACCGGCGCUCUACGUGGUCCGUGUGGAGCACAGGGUGGCCAGCCUCCAACUCUUAUGCCAGCAGGGCAUCGCCAGCGCCCUGCGAGAGGAGAAAGACGUGGGGAAGCUGAACAUGCCCUCGCUGCUCUGCUCUUAUGUCACCACCGCUUUCAUACCCACCAUCAAGCCCCCAAUUCCUGACCCAAACAACAUCCGUGACUUUGUCAGCUAUCCCACAGCUGGCAACGAGAGGCUCCACUGCACCAUGAAGCGAGCAGAGGACAGUCCAGAGGCCGGCGGUCCCUGCUACACUCUCUACCUGGAGUAUUUAGGAGGGCUGGUGCCUAUUCUCAAAGGAAGGCGCAUCAGUAAACUCCGGCCCGAGUUUGUCAUAAUGGAUCCAAAAAAUGAUGGCAAGGCAGAGGAGGUGUGUGUGAAUCCCAUGAUCUCGUACACUGACAGCUGUAACUGCUCUGACUCCAGUGACAUUGAGCUGAGCGAUGAGUGGGUUGGAAAAAAGUCACCGAAGUUAUCCCGAGGAAACAGGUCACCGAAAUCUCAAAGGUUGAACAUGGAAUCGAGAAAAUCUCCCAAACUUUCUCGUGCCAAUCAGGAAGGUCAGCGGUCGCCACGGUUACCAACAAAGAAGCCUCCAGUUCGGUCGCCCAGUCUGACACGCCGAGAGUUUUCUAUGGACGGAAUCACAGAGCACAAUUAUCUUGCACAAGUCACGUCUAAUAUUUGGGGGACAAAGUUCAAAAUUGUUGGACUUGCUUCUUUCCUUCCUGCUAAUCUUGGUGCAGUCAUUUAUAAGACCAGUUUGCUUCAUCUGCAACCGAGACAGAUGACCAUCUACCUACCAGAGGUGCGAAAGAUUUCGCAUGACUUUAUGAGCCUGCCAGUGUUCAACCCCAAUGUGUUCAGUGAGGAUGAAGAUGAUUUACCAGUAAUGGGGCCGUCUGGAGUGGCAGGAGACAACCCUCCGUGUACCGUCAACAUUCCCAUUGCUCCCAUCCACAGCCCAGCUCAAGCCAUGUCCCCAACUCAGAGCAUCGGCCUGGUUCAGUCUCUUCUGGCCAAUCAGAAUAUUCAGCUGGAUGUCCUGACCAACCCAACGGCCACUGCAGCAGCUGCAGCUGCAGCAGCUGCAGCUUCUGUCCCUGUCACCGAUCAUGGCCAGGAUGCUGUUGCAACACCAUAUCCCGUGCCAACUAGAUACUCAAACCCUGGUCAGGUGAUCUUCAAUGGGUUGGAAAUGGGUCCACUACUCCCUGGUACUCUACCUCCCCCGCCUCCACCUCACCAUCUCCCACCGCAGCCUCACCCGCAGAGGUCACAUUCGCAGGGGGACCAUGUACAUACCCUGAAGCCAAGUCUGCCCCGGACUUUGCCCCCCUCCUUCAAUGACACAGACGGGCCUGUGGAGAUUCAGAUGAGGAAGGUGAACCCUCCUCCUCCCUACCCAGGGACUGUGGUUUCUGCAGCAGCAGCUGCAGCAGCUACAGCCUCUGCCACUCCUCAAACUCUUGUCACAAACUGUGACAGCCCAAGUGUCCUGGCGCCAGACCCUUGCCUGAAGAAGGACGAGUUUUUGCUUCAUCCUGUCACCCUGCAGUACCCAACUCCUCUGGGAUAUGAAAGGAUCACGACCUUUGACAGCAGUGGCAACGUGGAGGAGGUCUGUCGGCCACGCAGGCGCCUCAUUCGUAACCAAAAUGCCUACGCUGUCCAUGGCAUUGGGGGCUCAGCCACGCUUAAAGUCACUUCCUCAGAGAAUAAAAAAAUUCAGCUUCCGUACAGUUCUGCAACAUUAAGUCGCCUCUCUGUCCCUCGAUAUUCUAUACCAAGUGGAGACCCUCCUCCUUACCCUGAUCCAGCCAAUCAAGUCACUGCUACACUUCCUCCUCCCCAGAGGAUCGAUAGCAGUCUGAUUCAUGCCACUCUGCGUCGUGACCGCAGGGAUGUGGGGCUCAAAGUACCACAGAUGAUGGAAAGCUCAAGGACCCUUCCCUCCAAGGCUAAAAUGAACAGUGCAUUAGCACUUUCCUACCAGCAGAGGGUGCCAACUGCUUUGUACACUUGCACACAGUGCAGCAGUAACAGCAGCAGCACCAGUGUGAGUGUCAGCGGUGGUGGAACUACAAGCAGCGGUAUUGCAGGAGGCACGGUGGUGAGGCAGGACUUCCCACCAGGGAAAGGUGCACAUCACAGUACCAUUAUAGUGCACUCCAAAAGUGCCUCGCCUCUGGCCUCUCAGUCAUCAUACAGUCUGCUGGGUGCUGUUGAUAACAGCCGGGACAGGACAGUGUACGUGAACUCUGCCUUCACCGAAGACGAAACUUUAAAUCAGCAGUGUCACCUUGAAAAAUCUGUACGUCAGCUGACUCUUGGCGACGUCAGUUUGACAGUCAAACGCCCUCCGCCUUACCAGUGGGACGCCUCCACCACAGAGGAGUUCUGGCUCACCCCAGAACAAACUAUGCUAGGCCCCCCACCGGGACCUCAUAAACCGCCUCCACUCAUCAUCAGUCAGGCUCAGCACUUGGACGUGACCCGACUUCCUUUUGUCCUUACGACUAAACCUCCAACCAGUCCGAGCACAAGCACUCUCACUUUCCCGUCAGGUUACCAGAUAUCCUUGUCGCCUUUCCCUCCAGGUGUCGGUCACAGUGGACCCCCUCUCCAAACCUUGCAGAACCCUCCUCCACAGUGUUCCCCAAAUGAAGUGGUUGCUCCAGUCCCCUUUGCCCAACAGGACCCCAACCUGGUCUUGCCACCUGGCUACCCUCCAAAUCUGGCCAACUUAGCCUGCUGCCCUCUGCCUCCACUGUACCCAGGAGCCAGCUCAUGUGCCGGACUCCAGCUGCACCCUGUCAGCCUCCACCCCUGGAACCCUUACCCCUGCCCACCGCCCAUGCAAGACCCUCCUGCACCUCCUCUCCCCACCAAAACUCACCAGAUCCUAGAGAAGCCAAUCCUCUCCCCACCUCCGCCUACUGCGCCGCCUCCGCCACCUCCUCUCCCCCCUCCUCCCCCACCGACUGAGUUGCCACCAUCCAAAAGUGCCGCAGAAGACCUAGCCGAGUCUGCCAACAACUUCCCGGAGCCGUCAUCCCUGAACGAAAGCCCCGUCCCACAGGAAUCCGAGCGUUUCAACAAGAAGAGCCGCAAAAGACUGGACAGCAGGGCCGAGGAGGCCAACAUGCCCAACGUCUCCGAGGGCAAAUCCAGAAAGGAAGGCCGGGCGCUCUCCGACUUCAACACUCUCAUUUCCAGCCCAAGGCUCGGUAGCAGAGAGAAGAAGAAGCCAAAGGGGCAGAGAGAGCAGCUCAACAAAACAAAGAAAAUGAGCAGGACCACAAACGAGUUCCAGGACAGUUCAGAGAGCGAACCAGAGCUGUUCAUUAGCGGCGAUGAGCUCAUGAACCAGAACCAGAGCAGUAAGAAGAGCUGGAAGAACAAGAGGAGCAUGCGCAUGGCGAGCGAGCUGGAGGAGAUCAAAUGCCGCAAAGCAAAUGAAAGAGAGGACCGGAGUUUAGGCAGCCAAGGAUUCGUCUAUGUUAUGGCCAAUAAACAGCCAUUGUGGAAUGAAGCCACCCAGGUGUACCAGCUCGACUUUGGAGGUCGAGUCACGCAGGAGUCAGCAAAGAAUUUUCAGAUAGAACUGGAUGGUAGACAGGUGAUGCAGUUCGGAAGAAUAGACGGGAAUGCUUACAUCUUGGAUUUCCAGUAUCCUUUCUCAGCAGUGCAGGCAUUUGCUGUCGCCUUGGCCAACGUGACUCAAAGGCUCAAGUGAAAGCUGUCGUUGUAGAGUCAUUCAAAAAAAAAAAAAAAGCCACAACGGUCUCACGCUGCAGCUCGUGGGACUCUCGCUGAGUAAAUGUUCUUUCUUUUUAAAGAGGAGAUUAAUGUACAAGUUAGUGUUGCACAUGCAGAUAAUUUACAAUCAGUACUUUAAAGGCAAAGUGGAGGGCAUUGAUCCUGGAGGUUAGAUCAGUUAGUCCAUAAUUUCCAUUUGAUAUAUUGAAUGUAGUCGAGCUGAUUUUAUUAUUAGAAUAGUAUUUAUUGGAAAUCUCAACAAACAUGUGUUGCAGUGAAUUUUAAAAGCAGCCUGGAGGUUCAGUGCCAUAUGUAGUGCCAAAGACAUCUUCCCACUCUUGUAUUGCAAAUUGAUAACUACUUACAUUUGUGGCGUUUAUGAAAUGAAAUUAAACCGAGCGAAUAUGUGAAGGUACAGUGGCAUUCAAAAUUGACAGUAUAUUUUCACUAAGCCAUACCAUAUCUGACACAAACGCUGCACUAUUUUAAUUCA